UAUUAAACAGGCGGGGGAUCGGAGAAGGAGGGAAUUAGGGUUAGGGUUGUGGAGGGGGAGAGGGAUGGCGAACAGGACGGAUCCUCUGGCGAAGAGCAUACACGGGACGAACCCUCAGAAUCUUGUGGAGAAGAUUGUGCGAUCGAAGAUUUAUGAGAGUACUUUCUGGAAGGAGCAGUGCUUCGGGCUGACGGCGGAGACGCUGGUCGACAAGGCGAUGGAGCUUGAUCAUUUGGGAGGCACUUAUGGAGGCAAUCGCCGGCCGACGCCAUUCAUGUGUCUUGUUAUGAAGAUGCUCCAGAUCCAGCCGCCCAAGGACAUCGUCGCCGAGUUUAUUUUGAACACGCAUUAUAAAUAUGUGCGAGUUCUUGGGGCUUUUUACAUGCGAUUGACUGGGACUGUCACUGAUGUGCACAGUUACCUCUGGCCGCUUUAUAAUGACAAUCGGAAGCUUAGGAGGAAAAUGUCAGAUGGAAGUUUUUCAUUGACUCAUGUGGAUGAGGUGAUCGAUGAACUACUUACAAUGGAUCACUCUGGUGAUAUUGCUUUACCCCGCAUCCGGAAGAGGUGGCCUCUUGAGGCAGCUGGUGUGUUGGAACCCUGGCAAAGUGUUUUAGAUGGGGAUUUUGAAAAACAAGAUGAGAAAGAAGAGGAAGAACAGCCAGCUUUAGAGGAUGAGACUCAUGAGAAGGAUUAUCGUGGAAGAAGUCCUGGGAGGGAUGGGGAAAGAUAUAGGAAGCGUGCUAAACAAUGCAGGGAUAGGGACCGGGUUCGGGACAAAGACUAUGAUCGUGAGUAUGCAAGGGGACAAGAAAGAGAUAGUGAUCAUGACCAAGAUAGGUACAGAGACCUGGACAGGGACUGCUACCGACUCAGAGAUGAAAGGGAUUAUGUCCGAGACAGGGAUCGAGAUAGAGAAUGGGAAGGUUGGGAUAGGCAUAGAAGGGACAGGGACCGUGCUCGUCGAAGAAACCGUUCAAGGAGCAGAAGCAACGAUCGCAGGGAACGGCACCGAGAUGAUAUUAACCACCGCAAGAGUCAUGCUUGUGGCAGCAUUAGCCCACAUAGGCGCCUAGCCGACGACAGCAAUUCCAGGGAGGAACAACCAAAGAAGAAGAAAGGAAAGGAGAAGAAGAGUGACAGUACCGACCAUUCCAAUCCAGAGAUUGCCGAAGCCAACAGGCUUCGAGCCUCUCUCGGUCUGGCAUCGCUAAGGUGAUGUGAUUCGCAAGUCUUCAAGCAAUUCUUAAUACCAAAAGUUAUGGAUUCCAUCUGGUGGAAAUCUGUCUUUCUUAUGAUAUACCUGUCUUUUCUAAUUGCUCGACUGAAAAUGAUCUAAGCAUCUGAUUUACCAUGAAAGUAUCUAGGAAGUUAUUUUAGGGUUAAUAGUAAAUCAACAGAAAUGAAAUGUAAUGAAAUGAAAUUGAUGA